AAUUGACCGCCGUUUAAUAAGUUUAUGACUUCUUGGAUAAUCUUAUUUGUAAUUUCAUAGUCUCUGCUUUUAGCAAUUUGAUUGUAUCUUUGUUUCUCACCCAUAAAUGAUGCAUAAUAUUUUUGAAUUAUUUUGUUGAGCUAAUCCUCCUUUUUGUCUCUCUCUCUCUUCAAAGCUUAAAAGCACUUGUUAAAUUAGUGGAAGCUAAUUUGUUGACGAUGACGUAGCAAUUCCCGUUGACCUUUUUGGACACAUGGACAGGCACGGGUGCCGGAGCCAUAUUGUUGCUUUUGCUUUGUUGGUGGUUGAAAAAAUGCAUCAAAAGAAGGCGUGAGGCAAAGCUCAAACAAAAUUUCUUUAAACGUAAUGGCGGAUUUUUGUUGCAACAACGCCUAACUUCUAUUGAAGACAAUCAUGUGGAGAAAGGCAAGUUAUUUGCCUUAACGGUGUUAGACAGGGCUACAGAUUAUUUCAAUAAGAAUCGAAUAUUAGGUCAAGCUGGUCAAGGAGCUGUUUACAAGGGAAUGUUGAUAGACGGAACAAUUAUUGUGGUCAAGAAAUCCAAUGUUAUUGAUGCACGACAAGUUGAACAGUUCGUCAAUGAAAUCGUCAUUCUCUCUGAAAUCAAUCACAGAAAUGUGGUCAAACUAUUAGGAUUUUGUUUGGAGAGUGAAGUCCCUCUUCUAGUAUAUGAAUUUGUCCCCAAUGGAACUCUCUAUCGCCAUCUUCAUGAUCCAAACGAAGAAUUUCCUGUCUCGUGGGAAAUGCGAUUAAGAAUUGCCAAUGAAGUUGCCACGGCUCUUUCAUAUUUGCACUCUGAUGUGGCCAUACUGAUUUAUCAUCAUGAUAUAAAGUCAUCAAAUAUACUUUUGGAUGAAAAAUAUCAAGCCAAAGUGGCAUAUUUUGGAGCUUCCAAAUUGAUUCCCAUCGACCAAACACACUUGACCACAAAGGUGCAAGGAACCUUCGAAUACUUGGACCCUGAGUACUAUCAAACAAGUCAAUUUACGGACAAGAGUGAUGUCUAUAGUUUUGGAGUUGUCCUUGCCGAGCUACUAACUAGAGAACGGCCAAUUUCUCAACUAACGGCAGAAGAGGAAAGAAAUCUAUCCUCGUACUUCAUCAUUUUGAUUUAGGAGAAUCGCUUGUUCGAUGUUCUUGAUAAGGAGGUAUUAGACCAUGGCGAGAACGAAGAAAUUAUUGCGGUGUCUAACUUGGUGAAAAGAUGCUUACAACUUCAUGGAAGGCACAAGCCUACAAUGAAGCAAGUGGCGACGGAAUUGGAGCGAGCACGAUCACUACGAAGUCCCAUGGUCGCCCGACAAAAUGAAGAAGACAUCAAUCGCAUU